UUCCCACCCCUGCCCCGUCUCGGAAAUCCGUCGCCCACCAGAUCCGACCCGGACUCGUGCGCUAUCGUCAACCAAUGACCAGACAUCGAAAGUAUUGUCGCAUCGGUAUUCGGGGGGAUUCUCCGGAGCUCCCACCGCCUUCAGUAUGGCCCCGGUUCCGCAUUAUCCCCUGAACGGCAUCGACAUGGACUUUAGUCGCUACGACCAUAGGCCUCUCGGCCCUCGCGACAUUAUUGUCAACCGGAUAAUGGAGGACUAUAUGUCUCCGCGUCUCGUGACGCCGGGCGCCUACCGAACUAUAUUCUGGACGCAUGCGAGUCUCGAGCAGCUCAGAGAUCAUGAGCCCAAGUUACGUCUCGAUAUGUCUCUGCUGGAAAGGCUCCUGGACACGCAGUUCAAUUGGGUCUCACCUGUGCGGGGAAUGUCACCUAGUGAUCAAAUACUUCAUUUCAUGUGGCCUACGAAGGAUAGAACCUUAGAUUCCGUCGUUGUGGGAUUUGUCGAGCGGCAUUACCUCGAAUCCGAUGCUGGUACGCGGAUCUGGAUGAAGCAAUUCAAGCAUAUACACCCCAAGAAAAAGGUUAAGUGGAAGAAGGGCAUGGUCGAACAUGCGAAGGCGUAUCAGGCAUUCUCGGAAACACACUAUCGCUAUUUACUAUAUUCUGGUGGCCACCUCAUCCCUAUCGACCCGCCUUCUUACUUUCGCUUGCCUCUCUACCCUGUGUUCUUUGGUAUGACCUGGUUCAUGAUGGCAAAUCUUCUGUUGUGGAGGAGAGGCAGUGUCAUGAGUCCCCGGCUCCGUAUAAACCCACUAGUCACAACAGAGUGGCUGGGGCGAAAGAGGCCACCGCGGUCUUCAAGUGUUCCUUCGCCUAAGGCGUGGACUGCAGUGGAGAUUGAGGGCAAUUUACCGGGCGAGGAGUGGUUUGUCUACUUCCCUCGCCGACGCAUAUCCGAAUUGGAUAAACUGUCGCGGCGGAGAAGCUUGAGCCGAACUCACAUCCGAGCCAUGUUCACGGACGGGCCGAAGCCAGUGCCCGACGGCUCCGGUAGAGCGAGCGCGUCGGCGAAAGCCAAACACGCGUGUGCUAACUGCGCCGAGAUUACCCAUCAGACGUCGGAUUGCCCCUUUCCCUGCGGUUAUUGCAAGUCGAGUUCCCACAAAUCGAGAAACUGCAAGAUAAAGGCGAACAACCGGUGCAAGUGCCGGCCUUUUCCGCAGUUUCACACAGCUUUCGAGUGUUUCGUUCGAUGUAGCCGCCGGUGCGGGGCAGCCCACAUUCCCGGACACUUCAAGCACAAGACCGCGAUGCUAUGCUCUCACCGUUGCUGCAUGUGCGGAGUGAGAGGACACUGCGGGAGGCAGUGCUCGUUGAAGAAGUGCCCCUGCGGGGGGCAACACCUCACCCAGGACUGUCGAUGGAAGGUCGAGUGCCCUGCCAAGAACUGCGACCUGUACUACUGCCAUCUCCAUUGCAGAGAGUGCGGGAAGAAGAAGGACAAACAGUCCAAAGACGGCUUCGUUGGCAGAACGUGCCCGGAAUGCUUGAAGAACGGCCAGCCGGUUCUGCGCAGACGGGAGGCAAUACACUCUACGGCGGAGGGCGAAUAAUAGCGGAAAGUUGCCGGUGAAAGCGCUCCGCAGAUGCCAUGGCUGCGAGGGUUUACCGCUACCGCGCCCGCAACCCGUAGUUGUAAUUCCAUCCAAUCUCGCAAUAUUAGCUCUAGAACUAC